ACGUCUAGUCACUCGCGGACAUUAGCGCUCCGUUUCGCCACCGCUCGGUCCGCGCCAUACGCCAGCCAAGCGCCACCGCCGCGACUUUACAACAGUCCCCCCGAACUCGAAACGUGCACAAGACCGACAGACGACGACUUAAUGCGCGCGUGAUCUUCACUAUUAGAGUCGUCGACAGCAGUUACGCGAUAUUUGGUAAAAAAGAAAAUAGAAAAACUGCUUGCGUAUUUUCUCUAACCGUGUUCGACCAGUCGCUACCAUACGCUCCGCGAUAUCGUUUCGGCUCGGCUUGUCGUUAUCCAUGACGAGGAUAAUUAUAGUUCUAUCGCAUAUGCCAUAGUAUCAAUCGUCAUAACGAUUGUUAUGUUGUCGUAUUAUUAUCGUUUUGCGCCAGUUUUGAUUUUAGUUUAAACAUUUUUCGUAUUCUCCGAGAUUUCUACGAAACUCUCGACUUCACUGUCCGGCAACAACGAUUCGCACUGUUGUAAACCAAAUACGUUGAUGUCAAACAUUCAAUGUGGUCUUAUGAUGUGUCCUUAUGAACGGAGAAUACGCUCAGCCCCAGCACAUUUCAGAUGCCAUCUACCUAGGUGCUGCCAUCGUACUGAGUAUUAUCGGAAUAGUUGGAUUUAUUUUCAACACCUGUGUCAUUUUCAUUAUGAUUAGGGAUACAAGGCUAUGGACUCCUCAAAACGUGAUAAUAUUCAACUUAGCAACGUCUGACUUAGCAGUGUCUGUACUGGGAAACCCAGUUACCUUGGCUGCUGCCAUUACCAAAGGCUGGAUUUUUGGCCAAACUAUAUGUGUUAUCUAUGGAUUUUUUAUGGCAUUAUUUGGAAUUGCGUCAAUAACGACCUUAACUGUGUUGGCAUACGAUCGAUAUUUAAUGAUACGCUAUCCGUUCAGCAGCAGCAGAUUGACCAAGGAAACUGCACUAUACGCAAUAGCUGGAAUAUGGAUAUAUGCGUUUGCUGUAACAGGACCUCCGUUGUUCGGAUGGAAUCGUUACGUCAACGAGUCUGCAAACAUCAGCUGUUCAAUAGACUGGGAAAGUGGUGAGCAUAGCAAUUAUGUUAUCUACAUAUUUGUUUUUGGACUAUUUCUACCAGUUACAGUGAUUAUCUAUUCGUAUGUGAGCCUCGUCGUUACAGUUAGAAAGAGAGCCGCUGAAAAAAUCAUCGGACAAGCGACCAAAGCAGAAUGCAGGGUAGCCAUUAUGGUGGCCGUGAUGAUAUUGGCGUUUUUAACAGCGUGGAUGCCGUACUCGGUGCUAGCUCUCAUGAUUGCAUUUGGCGGCGUUCAUAUCAGUCCGGUCGUCAGCAUAAUACCGGCUUUGUGCGCCAAGUCGAGCAUAUGCUGGAAUCCAAUUAUAUACAUUGGACUCAAUACGCAGUUCCGGUCAGCGUGGAAACGGUUCCUGAACAUCCAAGACACAUUGUCGGAAGUCUCGCUAGACGCCGACAUCACCACGGGCAUGACCAAGCUGAUGACCGGUCACCAAGAGCUGCCGGCGCAUCCCAUGAACAACGGCGACGCCUCCCAUCCGCCGGGCCUGAUAAUGUGCUGCUUGGCGCACGACGAACACCGACAGUCGGCGACGUAUGCCGACCGGUACGAGUGUAAUCUCGAAAUGAAGUCGUGCAACCCGCAAACUCUAGGCAGACGGCCCGAAACGGACAUCGGCGACGUUUCUUUGUGAUCAUAAAAAAUUAUAUAAUAUCAUAUAAUGUCGCGACAACCGUUGAAACGAAACAAAACAAAAAAUAGUCACAUUCUAAAUUGGUUUCGAAUUGGUAAUAAUAAUAUAUAUUAUAUAUACAUAUUUUUUUCUUUUUGGACAUUUUCAAUGCCCGUAGUUAAUUCCGAUAUAUAAACAAGAAUUUAAUAAUCGUAUAAAAAUCAUGAUUAUAAGCUCCCAUGGCACUUUAAAAAAUGAAUGUGUAGAUAAUUGGCUCGUAGUUAAAAUAUUAAAUUCCUAUAUAAACACCACUGAUCGGUAGGUGCCUAUAUAAUGUUGUAUCACACUACUCAGGGUCGUCCUAUUAGGAUUUGAGAGGCCCAG